CAAAACAAAGUGCCACUGUUUAGGUUACAUACGGGAUAUUUCUGACAUUUGUUUUAAUUGUCUAAAUUAAUUAACGCACGUCUGACCUCGUAACCUAAUAGGUAAUUAAAAUAUCAAUGCGCGGCCAACUUUCAACACACCAUCACGGCGGAAGAACAAAGGUUGACGUAUUUAUGUGUUGUUGUUUUUUUACGUCGCUUUAUAAGCCUACCUUAUAAAAGUUGAAGAGUUGAUAGGAAUACAAUAAACUCCCUCAACGUCCAGGUUUACCGUAAGUAACUAAAAAGUAUGCAUAAAUGUUUGAAUUUCUGUCUUUCGACAUGCUACAGGGAAUUUGAAGUUCUCCGUCACAGACAGUGAUUGUGAAACCUACUCAGCAGGCUGUAUGCAAACGGCCGGUAAGCUAUGGAAGGUAAACUGAGCCAGGCUGUUAAGAUAUCAUUGCUGUUGCAAUGCUGACCAGUAGGAUAGACGCUGACCUAGUGACGGCUGCUGCCAAAACUCCGCCUGUUAACACCACCACUGCACAUCUCCCAUAUGUUAUACUAGACCCGGUGCUAGUAUAUCUCUGUGGCAUCUCCUGGACCUGACCUGCUGCUCGGAAGGAGACCGCAGAGUCUUUUUAAGUAGGCAUAGUGAUCGAAUUUCAGCUUAAAACUCAUGCAGAUGAUUUCAAGCCCCACUCCAAAAGUGACCAUGGCUGAUGAAAUCUCCCCACGUCUGUCGGACACAGCAGUUGUUGCUAUCAGAAGUAACGGGAAACACCAAGAAAGACAUUGUGUCACUCCUUCUCUCCCAGAUGGACAGAUCUUAGUUAAUACUCACCAUGUGAAGACUGACUCUUCAUUUGGCGGCAUUUGUGGUAUGACUUUGCUUUCAGAGAGCUGUGACACUGGAAUCCUUUAUCUGAACCCUCAAACACCAAAGUGGUCUCUUGUGGAGAAGUUUGCUGAGCUUUCACAGGCAGAGGAAACAGGAUUUAAAGAUGACCAGGACCACGGCAGUCAAGGAUUGUUACAAUGCACUAAACAUAUUGAGAACAAUACAAUGUAUGGAUAUAAUGAAGUGCUCUUGGAUGCUGCACAAAUGAAGGAACGCUCUCAAUACCUCAAGAGCCAUAACAUACAAAGUAACGCCUCAGACAAACAAAGAGCAUCUAAACUCAAAGAGCUAAAUGUUGAGGAAUAUUCUCUGGGUGGAAGUGGGAAUAAGACCAAACAAAUAAAUAGUCCUAUUAAGAAAUUACUUAAAAAGUGUGAAGAUGACAAGAUCCCUCGACUUUUGGUAGCAAUGAAGAAACGCAGUGAAAUUGACAAAGAGCACCGUCCCUUCAAGUGCACACACUGCAACUGGGCUUUUAAAAAGCUGUGCAACCUACAGAGUCACCUUCAAACACACACUGGCCUCAAGCCGCACGUGUGUGAUAUAUGUGGCAAGGCUUACUCCCAUCAGGGCACACUGCAGCAGCACAAGCGUCUGCACACAGGUGAAAGACCAUAUCACUGCCCUUUCUGUAUCAAGACCUACAUCUGGUCCUCAGAUUACCGCAAGCAUAUUCGCACACACACUGGUGAGAAGCCUUACGUCUGUGACACUUGUGGCAAGGAUUUUAUUCGCUCCUCUGACCUGCGAAAGCACGAGCGGAACAUGCAUACCAAUGACAAGCCCUUCCCAUGCAUGCACUGUGGCAAGACCUUCAAUAAACCCCUCUCCCUGAAGCGUCAUGAGCGCAAGCACCUUGGAGAAAGGCCCUUCUCCUGCCCCGACUGUGGGAAAGCCUUCGCUCUGGCUAGUCGUAUGGCAGAGCACCAGAAGAUCCAUGCGGGAGUGCGUCCGUACAUCUGCUCGGUGUGCUCCAAGUGUUUCACAAAGUCGUCCAACCUGACCGAACACGAGGCCAUCCACAGCGGAGCGCGGCCCCACAAGUGUGCAGAGUGCGGCGUGGCGUUUGCCAUGGCUUCUCGCCUCGUUCGUCACCAGUACGUCCACAGUAAAGAGAAACCCCACAACUGCACAGGCUGCAGCAAGAACUUUAGCCACCUAGCCACACUGAAGCUUCAUCAGGAGCAAACCUGCGCUGGGAUGAUCUUUGUCUGUGUGAAGUGUGACAAAUCAUUCCAGUGUGCUGCAAAGCUUGCACAGCAUAUGCCGAACCACAGGGACAUGAAUAUCUGAAUGAGUUUAAAGACAGGUGCUGUACACAUCCGUUACGGUGCCAGUACUAUUCACUUGCAAUCUGUAUGUUUUAAAUGCUGCGGUUUAAUUUGUUCAAAUAAUCAGUUCCAGGCACACUCAAAGUCACAGGGCACCAGUUUUAUACGUUAGAGGGAUAGUUUGGAUUUUUUACAGUGGGGUAUCAAUUCAAAUGUACGCUAUAUUUAGAAUAUAUUCUGCACUUUUCUUUGCCAUCAGACAGUCCUUUCUGAUGGGGAACAGAAGCCAUUAUCUAUUCUCUCUUCAAAGCCACCAGACUCCAUUGAAUAAAACAGUAAUUUUACCUUGCUGAGUUGCUGGUCUACCUCUGCCUCGAUCAGUUAUUUGUUUGUGUUAUUUUGUGACUUUGGUCUUUUAAAUGUUAGUUCUGAUUCACCCCUGUAGGUAAUACACUGAAUAAGGAUAAGUACCUCAUUCAACACCACUUCAAAAUAUCUGAACUAUCCCUUUUAAGAUAUGUAUAAUUGUACCUGAGGUUCCCAUGAGAACAUUGUGGGAUAAAAAUGGCCACCAGCUUUGGCAUUGGAGCCGACAUCUUGAUGGAGUGAUGUGAACGUCUUACAAGAGCAUCAGACCCUUUUUAAAGGGCAAAUUAAAUGUUGGGCUAAUAGUUUCUAAGUUAAUAAUACACACAACACUGCAGUUUUGAAUGUAGGAAAUUAAUGUUUAUCAUGAUGAAUGGCGAGCUGUUCUGUAGGAGGAUGCCUGGGUCACCGAAUCUAGUGGCCAAGGUGGGACAUGCUGACUCAAUUCAAGUAGGGAUUGUUCUGAUCCUUGCAAUUCAGAAUGCCCAUCACUUUCUCAUGCUGAUUUUAUAGCUACACAAAGCUUUACAUACCCAAGUUUAGCAUCAGUGACAUUAGCUGAACAUGGAGUAGAUGACAGCUUUGAUCAUAAGUAUUAAUGAUGGGAAGCUGGUACGUUGUACUGUCCUGACAGAUGGAGGGCAAGCUUUAUAUUCUCAAGCCACCAUGCAUAUAAAUAUAACAGAUACAUCAAUACUUACUUAUUCUCAGAUGUUUUUAUUGUCCGUUGAAUUCUGAAUGCUGCAAUUUUUCUUGACGCACAAACGGCAAUAACUGCAUGAAAAGAGUUCUAACAUAGCCAUUACAUAACAUUGCUGUGACCACAUUAAUAGAGUAGAGCAGAAGAGUACCCUGGCUUUGUUGCCAGUGGACACUGUUCUGUGAACUAUCUUGUACUCAUGUUGCUUUUUAUUCAUUAUUGUGUUUGGCAGUACAACUAUUUCCAUGUAGGAUAAUCUUCAGAUGGUUGUCUGAAUUUCCGUAUGCAUGUAAUGCCAGGUGUAAAUCUAUGGCUCUUUUUAAUCAUAUUGACAAGCACUACAGACAUGUUUGGUUUGUAAGAGGGUCUUUCAAUUCAAAGAUAUCCAUUCUAAAUGCGUUUAUGCACUAACACAUUAUUGGCAGGCGGUAGGCAUCGACUCACAUCCUGGCUGUCUGUGUGUGCGCUGAAUUCCUGGCCACUGUGGAUGGCCAAUGUAUCCACUUGGAUACUGCCAACUAAUCGUAAAAGGAGAAGGCACCUGCCGUGUUGUCACUUGCUCUACAUUAGGUUUGAGGCCGUGUUUGGAAUCCCAGAUAUUGUUUUGGUAAGAUGUUUUUAUUUAAUAUGUGACAGGCAAAAUUGCACUGAUAAACUUGUAAUUAACCCAUUGCUGGUACAGAGGUACAAACAAAAGAAUUGACAUAUACUGUAAUACAUAAAGCACAAAACCAAAAGACAAAAGUAAAAAAUUAAAAUCAAUUACAUCCAAACAUGUUUACAAAGUAUUAAAAAUGUUGUUCUGAAAUGUAUUCCAAGAGCAUAUAUUACUGUGUGUCUUAUAUACAUUAUGAAGGCACUAGCUUUGUUUUCACACAACCAUUUAUAAAACAGGGAUAUUAAUAAAGCUCCUUCUCAGAUGAAGGCAUUGCAAAUAUCAGCGCAUAAACAGUUUGAUCCUAUAAGUGUCUCCUGGCUGGUUGUGACGGAGGUGUGGGGCAUGUUGGGUGUAGAGGUCUUUCCCAAGGCCUCUCACCUCCUCCUCACAGCAUGUGGUAUCAUUCCAUCUUGGCAGCAUGACAACUCUAUUUUUGUUCUAUGUCAUAUAUGAUUCAAACUAUUCCACUACAGAUGGUUAACAUAAUCAGAUAAUGUACAUUCAUUGUGCAAUAGUGAGCCUACUAAUUCUACUUACUUGCGUGGAAGAUUAAAGACCACAGCAUUGGAUUACAUUUUAGUUUGCAUCUCAUUUAUGUUUGAAUGCAUUUUUAAUUAUUGGAUAUUUUUCAUUAAGUGUAUUGUGCUUAUAAUACUUACAUGCUUUUAUUUAAGUAAGGUUUUGAAUGCAGUACUUUUACUUGUAGUGAAGUAUUUAUACUUUUAAAUAUAAAUGAAAUUUAGCCACUGGAUACUCUUUGAGUAGUGAGAGUCAGUUAUGGAGGAGACAGUCGCUCCAUGUUGCUGGCAUCGAUGGUCCUGGUCAAACACAUCAUACGUAAAUGGUAAUUGG